ACCCAGCCAUGGACAUUUUAAGCAUAGCGUGUAUUUUUUUCUACUUGGGAAGAAGUUGGGGACAGGAGCAAAUAUAUGUUGUCUCAGCACCUAAAGUAUUCUAUGUUGGAGCCUCUGAAAAUGUAGUAAUUCAAGUUCAUGGUUACACAGAAUCAUUUCCAGUGACCAUUGCUAUUAAAAGUUAUCCUGACAAAAGUUUUACGUAUUCUUCUGAUUGGGUUAAUUUAUCUCCAGAAAAUAAAUUCCAAAGCUCUGCAAACUUAACUAUACAACCAAAGGAUUUAUCUGGAGGACCAAAUGCAGUUUCACAUGUAUAUUUAGAAGUUGUAUCUGCUCAUUUUUCAAAAGCAACAAAAAUUCCACUACGCUAUGACAAUGGAUUUCUCUUCAUUCAGACAGACAAAUCUAUUUACAAUUCAGAUCAGUCAGUAAAAGUUAGAGUUUACUCAUUGGAUGAAAACCUGAUGCCAUUGCAAAGAGAAGUUACCUUAACUUUUAUAGAUCCAGAAGGGUCAGAAGCUGCCAUGAUAGGAAGAAAAAAUUUUACCGGAAUUAUCAAUUUUCCUGACUUCGAGAUUCCAUCUAAUCCUAAGUAUGGUUUAUGGACAAUUAAAGCUAAAUACAAAGAGGACUUCACAACAACAGGAACUGCAUAUUUUGAGCUUAAAAGCCAUGGUUUACAUUUGGUGGAACCGCACUUCUUUAUCUUAGUAGAACCAGAAAAUUUCUUCAUUAGCCAUAAAAACUUUGAGGACUUCAAGAUUACUAUAAAAGCUAGGUAUUCUUAUAAUAAGAAUGUAACUGAAGCUAAAGUUUCUGUCUCUUUUGGGAUAAGAGAAAAUUUAAAUGACAGUAGAAAAGAAAUGAUGCUUGAAGCAACGCAGAAAACAAAGCUGAUUGAUGGAGUUGCACAAAUCAAUUUUAAUACGUUAAAGGCAAUUGAAAAACUGUCGUAUAGAAGUCUAAAAGAUUUAAAUAACAAGUAUCUUAAUAUUUUUGUGGAAGUCCAAGAAAGUACAGGCAGACUCUUCCAAGAAACCAAAGUAACUGAUGUCAAAUAUGUCCUCUCUCCGUAUACACUGGAUUUGGUUGCUACUUCUCUUUUCCUGAAACCUGGGAUUCCAUAUUCCAUAAAGGUUCAGGUGAGGAAUGCCCUUGCCCAUUUCGUAGGAGGGAUUGCAGUAACCUUGAAGGCAAAAACAGUUGAUAAAACUCAGGAGAAGAGAGAUCUGAGUCCAAGAAAAAGUACAACAAGUUAUAAUGAUGGAGUAGCUUCAUUUGUGGUUAAUAUUCCCUCUGAUGUGACAGCGCUGGAGUUUCACGUCAGAACUGAUGACCCAGACCUUCCAGAAGAUUAUCAGGGCAGCAAUGACUAUCAAGCAGUAGCCUACUCAUCACGCAGCCAAAGUUUCCUUUCCCUUAGCUGGACAGACAGUUACAAGAGUUUGCUUGUGGGAGAACAUCUGAGCAUAACUGUUACCCCUAAAAGUCCACAUGUUGACAAGAUUACACACUACAAUUACUUGAUUUCAUCUAAGGGCAGAAUUGUACAGUUUGGCACAGAGAAGAAACUCCCAGGUUCAUCUUACCAACUUUUAAACCUUUCUGUGACUCAGCACAUGGUUCCUACAGCUCGUCUCCUGGUCUAUUACAUUGUCACAGGGGAGCAGACAGCAGAAUUAGUGUCUGACUCGGUCUGCCUAAAUAUUGAAGAAAAGUGUGGCAACCAGCUCCAGAUCCAUCUGUCUCCAAAUAAAGAUGUACAUUCUCCAGGCGAAACUGUAUCUCUUAUUAUGGAAACACAGUCAGAAUCAUGGGUAGCAUUGUCAUCAGUGAGAAGAGCUGCCUAUGGAAUCCAAGAAGGAAGCAAAAAUCCCAUGGAAAGAGUACUUCAGUCUUUAGAUAAAAGUGGCCAAGGCUGUGGAGCAGGUGGUGGGAGGAAUAAUGCUGAAGUGUUCUACUUAGCAGGACUCACUGUCCUCACCAAUGUAAAUACAGAUGACUCUCAACAAGAUGAUGGAUUAUUUAAGAAAAUUCGCAGAUCAAGAAGAAACUUGAAAGAGGAAAUAGAAAAUCUAGCAUCUACAUUCAAACAUCCCUUGAUCCGGAAGUGCUGUUGUGAUGGAGCCCAUCUGCAGGAAGAGAGGACCUGUGAGGAGAGAGCUGCAAGCAUUACCAUCGGCCCGAAUUGUGUCAGAGCUUUCACUGAGUGUUGCAACCUGGCAACUAAACUGCGGAAGGAGAAUUCUUACAUUCCUAGACUGCUGGGAAGCAAGGUACAUGUCAAAACUCCUACCCCAUGUGCAGUGCAGUAA